GGCGGGCCUCGCCCCGCAAAGCUACUGGUGCUGAUGUUUGAGAGGGGGCCAGAAUUUAUGGAGCUCUUCGAUGAUCUACUUGAUCCCUCCGUCGGCCGCUUGGAGUUCGACCCGCUGCGGCGGCGCGUCCACGAGGGCCCCCUUGACGAGGCGCAUUGGGCAAGCGCUGCUGUGCUGGACACGCUUGGCAACGCCGCUGACUUUCACAUGCGGCUUGUUGCGAGGUUCCAAGAUUGGCCGUUCAAAGCGUUCUUCCUGAUUCGUCGCGACCCCGACGAGGUUGACGAUGUCCGGAAAGCCAUUGCUACAGAACUUCUCGCAGUGUCUUUGAUCAAGGACCCUUUCGCCAUCAAGCUGAGGAGUACGUUCAACGAUGAAUUGUUCCAUGCCUCGCAGACGGGGCUGUUAGAUGGCCAGCUCUACAAGCUACUCGUUGACGUCUCGGAGCUGUGCCCUAUCGACACUGACGAAAUCGAGGGGAUCAGCGGGAUGAUAAAACACAUGUCGAGAACAAGCCCGAGUAUCCAACUCAAGUUGAUGUCCUCGAGGGUCGUCAUCAAGAAACAGUUGCAACCGAGGGCGUGCUCGAUCGAAGAUCGGAAACGCAUCAUCAGCUGCGCCGUCAGGAACCACCACGCCAUUGCGGACAUCCAGAAGGAGGUUGGGCGGUUCGACCUCGCCCUGGCCGACUGCCCCCCGCUCGGCAGCGCGCCCCCGUUGGCAGAUGCCGACGCGGCUGAGGGGGGCUUCGGCGAGCCGCCCCCGCCCCCGCCUGUGCCGCUGCAGGACCAGGACGUGGGCGAUGAGGAAGAAGCCUGGCGGAAGGAGGCAGAGCGAGAACGAGAGCGCAGGCGCAAAUGCGCAUGUGCGUUGGUGCUGGCGAUCGGACCUGCUCAGCAAAAGGCCAUUGGCGGGGACGCGAUGGUGGAGCCUUCGGUCACUGUUGCUUUCCAGUUUGUCGUAGGUACGCGGAGGCGCGGCCCCAUCAGUGACGACAUGCCGCUCUCGGGAUGUUUCGACUAUGCACAUCAUAGUUGCUGGUUGUUCGUCAUGAAGCGCGGCUACGAUGUGUAUAUCGUGAAGGGCCGUCCGGACUCUCAGUCGCCUCUGAGGCCUUCCACGUUCACCAUCAAGCUGCCUCUGGAAACCCAGUCGUUCAACAGCUUCAUGAACGGCAUCCACGACGAGAUCCUUGCAAAACCAGGAAAUCGCAUUGUGCAAAUCGAGCUGCUGAGACUGAAAUGGAAUCUUCGGCGACUCUGCGAGGCCGAG